AUGUUGGGGCGUCGUCUUCUAUCCACAAGCUCUCCGCUGUUGCGUGUCUCUGCUACUGUACACAGAGUGAUUCCAAGUCCUACGAGCCAAAUACCAGAUGUGACUAGCUUCUUAACUAGAAUUGGCAGAAAAUGUGAUGAAGUAGCAGAAUUGUAUGAGAAUAACUGGGAUAAUUUGUUUUUAUGGGAUUCACGAGUUUUGAAGGAGAAGGGAGUCUCAGUGCAGCAGAGAAGGUACAUUCUGCAUCAAGUAGAAAAGUUUAGGAAGAACGAACCAGUUGUAGAGAUCAAGAAGGGCAAGAAAUCGUUCUUUGGUGGUGAGAGAAAUAGAAAGGAGAAUAUCGCCAAGUGGAGGGCCGAGGAAAGGUCAAAGAGUGAUUGA